GUAUUGGAGCGCAUCCGCUUUGACAGUCGAAUCAUCUGGCUAUUGUUGAUAAUUGGUAAUCCAAACAUAAUAUUUAUAUGCGGGAUCGCUGCUGUCCACCUCCUCAUUGCUAACUAUGUAAAGUGACUCAGUAUAUAUGUGUGCUAUUGGAAUAGUCUUACAACAAAUACAUCUGCAGGCUUCCUUGAUGUAAAUAAAUGAUUAAUCCGGGACCUUCCAGCUCUGUGGUUAGCCAAAAAGGUUACCACAACGAUAAGGGCACUCCCUUGUUCUUUGUGAUGAUGAGGUUCAACAUCAAGAUUGUGCUCUGUUUAUGUGUCAUUGCUGUAUUUACAACACUUUCACUGUGGACUCGUUGUGGAGACUAUGGGACAGAGUGGUCCCGCAGACCAAUAUAUGUGGAUACAGCCAACAAGGCCAAUGAGAUCCAAGGCACUGAGGAACUUGACUGUGUCAUUAAUGGGGAUUACACAAUAGGAUGCAGGAAGGAAGGUGGAGAAGUUUAUAUUCCAUUCUCAUUCAUACACAACUACUUUGAGAUCUAUGGGAAAUUGGCUACUUAUGAUGGAGUGGAGAGAUUUGAGUGGACACACAGUGUGGGCAAGGUUUACCAUCCGAAGGGGAAGUAUGAGCCCAGUGGUGUUUUUAUGCAUUUUGAGAAUUUCAAUGUGGAGGCCAGGGAUAGGGUGAAAUGCGUGAGCGCGUUGAACGGUGUUCCAAUUUCCACGCAGUGGGAAAGUAAUGGGUACCAUUACCCAACACAGAUCGCGCAAUUUGGAUUGGCGCAUUACAGCAAGAAUCUGACGGAACCCGAACCGAGACGAAAAAACAUCGAGGACGGUGAUAAGGAAUUGGGGAAAUGGGUAGUUCCGAAUGGUAGCAACAUAAUCAGGAACUACGACGAUUCAGCAAUGAGCAAAGUCAUGAAUUUCACCACUCUGGAUAGUUUUAGCAGCGGUGUCAGACUGAAGAUGGACCACGUUUUAGACUUUGUUAUGAGUCUCAGUAUUGCUCUUAGUCCAAACAGCAGUUUCACGGUGAUCCUUCAAAAUCGCGAGAAACAAGGCAUUUACAAUUUGCAUUAUGUAGCUUCAGAUAUUUUAAUCACUGCUCAGGAAGAGAACAUUUACCAUGGAAUUGGCACAUCCGAGAAUUGGGUGCGCAUAACAAGGGAUUUAAUAAUAGACUUACAGAAAGGUCUGAACUACCUCAACAAAGACAAAUCCAUUAAGCACAGACUGCCUAGGUCUAAAUUGAAGAUAAUAGGCGUGGUGAUGCGAGGUCGCGGGGCGAUCGACAAUUUCACUUUAUCUUCGUCGGAACAUAUCCUGCAGUUCUACGAUUCCGCCGAGUGGUUUCUGAAGAAUCAGGAGCCGAAGUCGGGAGGUUGGAGUAUCCAGGUGAAGAGGAAACUGAGCGCGGGCUUCCAGACUCUAGAACCUGGAUGGUAUUCGGCCAUGGGUCAAGGGCAGGCGAUUAGCGUUCUGGCAAGAGCGUACUUCCAUUCCGGUGGAGAUGAAAGGUACUUGAACGCGGCUGUGCUAGCGUUGAAACCGUUCCGAGUGCCCAGUUGGCAGGGCGGCGUUUUGGCCACGUUCAUGAAUAAAUUCAGGUGGUACGAGGAGUACCCCACGAAACCGGCGAGCUUCGUAUUGAACGGAUUCAUUUAUUCAUUGCUCGGUCUUUACGACUUGAUGAUCAUGGCACCCCCACCGCAAGCCAAGGAGGCGGAGCUGCUGUUCGAAGAGGGCAUGGUUUCUUUAAAAAACAUGCUCAUGUUCUACGACAUGGGCAGCUCCACGGCCUACGAUCUCAGGCACAUCACACUAGGAAUUGCUCCUAAUUUAGCCAGAUGGGAUUACCAUGUAACUCACAUCAACCAGCUGUUACUCCUUUCCACAUUGGACAAUGAACCCAUCUUCCAGCAAACGGCGGAACGAUGGAUUGCGUACAUGAGCGGAAAACGAGCCGCCCACAAUUGAACGAACAGCAAAGCACAUCUAGAAUAAUCCAGACCAGUUAUUUUCGACGUUAUGUAAAUUAGCAACAAUUGACAAUCAGAUUGGAAGUCAUUGUAAGUAGAGACAGGAUCUUGCGUUUCCGAGCUUUGAUUUCAAACACGAAGGAGGCGGCGAAGGUGAGUUUCGAUUGAAGCACGCUAUUCUUAUCUAUACAUAAAAUAUAUACACUAUUAGUAUUUAACAAAAACAAACAAAAAAAGAGUAAAUAAGAAUGGGGAAA